UAUUGAUGAUACUCUGAAAGACCAGAAAUAUAAGUCAUCUUUGUCAUUGUCAAGUUUAGUUGUAGCAGAUGAAAAUUUUCACUCUCUCAUAAAUGGGGAGACAAUUACCCUUCACUGCAGGGCUCACUGCCCUUAUUGUUUUUGUAUUUGUCAAUAAAACUUGCAGUACUCAGAAUAAUAUUCAUCAGUGUGCCCCUUCUUCCUGCGGAAAUAUCCGGAACAUAAGCUGUCCGUUUCGAUUGAAGAGCGAUCCACAAGCCUGCGGUGACCCAACGUAUGAACUGUCGUGUGAGAACAAUCAUACGGUGCUAUACUUAUUUGAAGGAAAAUUCUACGUACAGGAAAUCAAUUACAAUGAGUACACAAUCCGGGUGGUGGACUCAGGUAUACAGGAGGACAAUUACUUCUCCACCCCGAGUUAUUCUUUUUAUCUAUAUAAUUUCAUUUCUCGACGGUCCGCUCUGCCUUAUAACAUGCAAAACUACGACGAAAUUGUGGUUUUCAUGAGCUGUGAAAAGCCAGUGAAUACUCCAUUCCAUUUGGAUACUUCUACUUGCAAUAAAAAUGGAGAGUAUUCUUCCAACUCUUCAAUUUCUCAUUCCAAGAGGUAUAAAUAUGUUACAAUAAUUGGUGAUAGAAUAAGGGCGAAGGAUGUGAGGGACUCGUGCAAAGUGGAGAUGCUGGUUAUGACAUCUUGGCCAGGACAUGAUAAUCCAAUUAUUUCCUGUACAGAAGUCCACAAUAAAUUGGUAUAUGGUUUUGAGCUUUCAUGGAUCCAAUUUAUUUGUGAUAGUCGUAGCGGAAGAGGGAGCACUUGCAACCUCAAUAAAGACUCGAGCCUUGUCAGAUGCGACAAUUUCAAGAUUGGAUUGGGUGAAAGACUACUUGAUUUCCUCUGGGGGUGGAUUCUAAGUCUAUAUUUUCUUUUCACAGCAAGAACGCGAGAUUCAUAUCAAGUCUAUUUCCCUAUCGAUUAUAAGUGGUACUUACUACUAAACGUCGUCGUUUUGUCAUACCUUACAGCAAAAAUGGUCUUGGGGACUCCAUGGGUGGUUGCCCUUUUGAUAUAUAAGUGGUGUAGGAGGCAUUUAUCAACAAAUGAUGCUAUUGAAGAAUUUCUGCAAAGCCAAAAUAACUUCAUGCCAAUUAGGUAUUCUUACUCAGAAAUUAGGAAGAUGACCAAAGAUUUUAAAGACAAGUUGGGAGAAGGAGGCUAUGGCUCUGUAUAUAAAGGGAAGCUUCAAAGUGGCAUUCUUGUAGGUAUUAAGAUGUUAGAUAAGUCCAAAGCUAAUGGGCAAGAUUUUAUUAGCGAAGUUGCAACAAUUGGAAGGAUUCACCACAUGAAUGUGGUGCAACUCAUUGGCUUUUGUGCCAAGGGACCAAAGCGUGCCCUUAUAUAUGAAUUCAUGCCUAAUGGUUCUCUUGAUAAAUACAUUUUUUCACUAGAAGGAAGAAACCCCUUGAGUAUUGAGAAAAUAUACGAGAUUUCUCUUGGAGUGGCUCGUGGGAUUGAAUAUCUACAUCGUGGAUGUGACAUGCAAAUUCUACAUUUCGAUAUCAAGCCCCAUAACAUUCUUCUUGAUGAGAACUUCACCCCAAAAGUUUCUGAUUUUGGGCUUGCGAAACUUUAUCCUGCAAAUGAUAGUAUAGUGUCUUUGACUGCUGCAAGAGGAACACUAGGUUAUAUCGCUCCAGAGUUGUUCUAUAAAAACAUUGGAGGCAUCUCCUAUAAAGCUGAUGUUUAUAGUUUUGGCAUGUUAUUGUUGGAAAUGGCAAGUAGAAGAAAGAACUUUAAUGCAUCAGUAGAUCAUUCAAGCCAAAUUUACUUUCCAACUUGGGUCUAUGAACAAGUUAGCAAAGGAAAUGACAUAAUAAUGGAAGAUGCCACAGAGGAGGAGAAGAAAAUAGUUAAUAAGAUGAUCAUAGUCGCAUUAUGGUGCAUACAAAUGAAGCCUAGUGAUCGUUGUUCAAUGAACAAAGUUAUAGAAAUGCUUGUAGGAGAAGUUGAAUGCCUACAAAUGCCUUCUAAGCCUUUCUUAUCAUCACUAGGAGAUGUAGAAGACAACUUAAAUCCCACUUGCUCAUCAAUUCAAUCAAGUGAAUCAGCUCAAUAAUAAAUGCAAACAAGGUGAUAUGUCAGUUGGUUGAUUUACAUGGAAGAGUGUAAUGUAUUUUUGGCAUUGCUAAUUCAAUAAAUUUGGUUGUAAUUUCUACAAAAGUUUACUUGUAAUAACAAAAGUUUCAAUGCAAUUGUUUUUAAUUCCAUUUGGUGACAAAAAAAGGAUGAAGACAAAUGAAGGUUGUUCCUGUGCAAGUCU